UGCGACUUCUGUAUUUGGACGGAAGCACUUCAAAGGACGACCUCUUGACUUGUUUCAUAGAAUAUAUCUCUCUGAUUGAUCCCGGAGUUUACACAGCCCUCUCUUAUUGUUGGGGAGACCCGCGUAUCACGAGCACUAUCCGUAUAGAUGGCUGCGAAGUCAAAAUCACGAAAAAUCUCGAGUCGGCGCUUCGGGGUGCUCGGGAGAACAGAUCAGCAAAAGGAGGAAUACUUCGACUGUGGGUUGAUGCUUUGUGUAUCAACCAAGGAGAUAAAGAAGAACGAAGUAAUCAGGUGCGUAACAUGCGUCAGAUCUAUUCCAAAGCAAAAGAGGUUCUCUGCUGGGUAGGGGGCCAAGAGGUUCCGCCGUUGCAUGUAGAAGGCCUGGAAUACUUGCUCAAGAAUCAAAUCGAGGUCCAAACGCUGGGAACAGGAUCCUCUUCGGAAGAAACUGAGCUGAGCAGCUUUGGUAAUAUUGUCGACGAAGUCGAUAAGGAAAAGUUUUGGACCGAGAAUGGAUGGGUACUCCUCAACGAGUUUUUCAGCCAACCAUACUGGGAAAGAGUUUGGAUAAUCCAGGAAAUCACGGUAGCAUCAUAUGUGACAGUUCUCUGGGGAAAUAUCGAGAUUCCUUGGAACUUUGUCAAUGCAACCUUGAUGAAACUCAGAGAAGCAGAAAUUGCGAAAGGUUCUGGUAGCAGAAUCAAGACUUCUUCUAAAGCCGCACACUUGUUGGAGUUCAGGGACCAUUACUACGUCAGGCGACAGCCCAUAGGACUGCUUGAUGCCAUGCGGUGGAGUCACAAGACUUUGGCAACUGAUCCAAGAGACAAGAUUUAUGCUCUGUUAGGAUUAUGUCACGACGGUACUCAGUUUGUGCCCAUACCGAACUAUCGAUAACCCGUCAAGCAAAUGCUCUUAGAUAUGACUCGAACCAUGAUCACCUUGACCGGCUCACUCGAUAUGAUAUGUCUUCGAGGGACUGGAAUUGUGCCGAAGGACAGCCCGAAAACGCCCUCAUGGGUGCCUAGCUGGACCACCUUUUGGUCUGGGAAUAUGACGGCUCUAGAAAGCAGAUUCUCGGAAUGGCACACCAUUUCCGACUACAAUCCAAUUCUUCCAUGGCCAAAUACUGAUAUUCUCAAAGUGUGGGGAUUUAGAUUAGGCACUGUAAGCGGAAUGAGCUCAGCCAUGCGUCCGCACG